AUGCUGAAGGCACGGGAGCGAACCCCCCUCUACCAGCUGGCCAACAAGAACACGCUGCUGCUGAGUCUGAAGGGGACGACCACCACGACCACGACGACUACCACAGCCAGCACGGUGGACAAGCGGACGGCGCUGUGUUUCGCCGACCAGUUUAACGGCGCCCAGGCCAACCCGUACCUGGUGCUGACGCAGACGGACGGCGAGGCGGUGGUGGUGCGCGGCGUGGGGGUCGGAGCGCUGGUCACCGGCGCCGCCGCGCUGCCGCUGCUGCUCAAACAGGGCGGGGACGUCAGCUGCUCGCUGGCCACCGUCGAGACGCUGGCCGCCGACGGAGCGUUCGACCUGUCGCAGACGGUGUACUCUGUGACUGUGCCGACGAGCUACUCCAUCGGCGGCACGGGCACCGACAUAGUCGUUCCCAGCGAUGAGUGACACAGAGGAGCAGGAGGUGCCGGACGGCCCCGUGGAGAACGCCUGGGCUCUGAAGGUGCCCGAGUUCAAACCGGAGCACAAUCCGCACGGCGUGCUGGAGACCAGCUCGUUCGCCACCCUGUUCCCCAAGUACCGCGAGGCCUACCUGCGCGAGGUGUGGCCACUCGUGCAGAAGGCGCUGGAGCCCUACUUCAUCCGCGCCGAGCUGGACGCCGUCGAGGGCAGUAUGACCGUGUCGACCACGCGCCGCACCUGGGACCCGUACAGCAUCAUCAAGGCGCGCGACCUCAUCAAGCUGAUGGCGCGCAGCGUGCCCUACGAGCAGGCCGUCAAGGUGAUGCAGGACGAGGUCAGCGCGGAUAUCAUCAAGAUCGGCUCGCUGGUGCGCAACAAGGACCGCUUCGUGAAGCGCCGCCAGCGACUGAUCGGCCCCAACGGCUCCACGCUAAAGGCGAUCGAGCUGCUUACCAACUGCUACGUUCUGGUGCAGGGUAAUACGGUGGCCGCACUGGGUCCCCACAGAGGCCUCCAGCACGUGCGGCAGAUCGUCGAGGAAACGAUGAACAACAUUCACCCCAUCUACAACAUUAAGGCGCUUAUGAUCAAGCGUGAGCUCGCCAAGAACCCACAGCUCAAAAACGAGAAUUGGGAUCGCUUCUUGCCCAACUUCAAGAAGAAGAACACCACCAAGCGGAAGCAGCCGCUGAAGAAGAAGGAGAAGAAGGCGUACACGCCGUUCCCGCCACCGAUGCCGGAGAGCAAGGUGGACAAGGAGCUGGCCAGCGGACAGUACUUUAUGCUGGAGAAGCAGCGGAGGGCGGCGAAGAAAAAGGAGCAGCGCGAGAAGAUGGCUCAGGAGGCUGCCAAGCGGACCGAGCAGCGCAACAAGGUCUACCAGCCGCCCAAAGAGCCCACCAAGAAACCGCAGAAGAAGAAGGACGACCAGAUCGACGUGGAGGCUCUCAAGGCCAAGGUGAAGAAGGCGCAAAAGAAGAAGAAACGAGCCGAAACGUGAAAAGGUACUGGUUACUUGGGGUGUGGGGAUUUCGACUUGUCAUUGGGCGAUUUGUACGUAAUAUGUAUUGUUAUGAAAUGUGCUUUGAAUGGUGUAUUGAUGCAUUUGAACGGUGUAAACUUUUGCAUGUUGCUUCGACAUCGUGAAUAUACAGGUGCGUCGUGCUGUA